CCGACCAGAGACGUGCAGUAUGCAAAAUCCACCACUAUGAGGGGCCUGCCUGUACAGUCACUGCAGCCGGAGAUUACCACCAAGCCUUCAUAUUCCAGGACCAUUUGCCAUAUAUUCUCACACAUAGGAUAUCAGAUUACAGCCUGAGGUUUUGGAUUCCAAAUUUCCAGGCGGGUCAUUUUUAUGGCGAUGACCAUGAGCUCUGGAGUUACCACUGUGCACCUUGAGGUUGACCGAAUCCUCAGUUUGUUCCAUCUGAGCAAGGAGCAGCUACAUACGGUGAUGUGCAGGCUGAGGGAGGAAAUGGAGAGAGGCCUGAGCAGAGACACUUACGAGGAGGCUCCAGUCCGCAUGUUGCCCACCUUCAUACGUUCACUGCCUGCUGGUAGAGUAAAUGGCAGCUUCCUGGCCUUGGACCUUGGUGGCACUAAUUUUCGAGUCUUACGGGUGAAAUUUGGUUCUCCGUGUGAAGGUGUUAAUCACGUGGCCUCUGAGACUUACAGAAUCCCCAAUGAACUGAUGCAAGCUUCAGGACAACAGCUCUUUGAUUACAUUGUAGACUGCAUCGCAGGGUUCCUGUCAAACCAAAGCAUCAAGGAGCCACUUCCUCUGGGAUUCACUUUUUCCUUCCCCUACAAACAGAUUGGCUUAGAUCAGGGGAUCCUGCUAAAUUGGACCAAGGGUUUCAAUAUUCCAGACUGUGUAGGAAAGGAUGUGGUACAGCUGUUGCGAGAAGCCAUUCAACGCCGGCAGGAACUUGACCUGGAAGUAGUUGUCAUUAUAAAUGAUACUGUUGGAACACUGAUGUCAUGUGCUUAUGAAGAUCCAAAUUGUGAAGUUGGUCUCAUUGUCGGAACUGGCACCAACAUAUGUUACAUGGAGCAGAUGAGGAACAUUGACAAAUUGGAUGGCAAUGAUGGAGUCAUGUGCAUCAAUACAGAAUGGGGAGCAUUUGGAGAGAGUGUGAAGAGACCACUUAUGGACAUUGUGAAUGAAUUUGACAAACUGACAGAUGAACAGUCUCAGCAUCCAGGAAAACAGAUAUUUGAGAAGAUGAUCAGUGGGUUGCUCCUGGGUAGACUAGUUCAAAAUAUCCUAUUGAACCUCAAGGAAAAAGGAGCCAUCUUCUCGGGAAUUGAACAACAUCGACUUGAUCUUCAUGGCCUCUUUGAAACAAAAUAUCUGUCACUGAUAGAAAGUGAUACUGGUGACCUGCUGCAUGUGAAAUCCAUUCUGGAAAAGUUCAAUUUAUCCUGUAGGACUGAGGACUGUCGUUUGGUGCAGAAAGUUUGUGAGGCAGUCACGCGGAGAGCAGCUCAGCUGUGUGCGGCUGGGCUUGCUACUGUGCUUGAAAAAAUGAGAGAAGCCCGGCAACAGGAUCACAUGAUGAUGACCAUUGGGGUGGAGGGGUCCUUGUACAGUCUACAUCCUCAAUUUUCCAGGAUUCUCGAGGACACAGUGAAGGAUUUGGCUCCAAAGUGUGAAGUGAAUUUCCGACAUUCAAAAGAUGGCUCAGGAUGGGGGGCAGCUUUAGCUGCUGCCAUGACAGGUGCUAAAUACCAUGGCAACACAGAAAUAUUCUAGUAUGUGACACACAAUCACAUUGUAAUACAGACAAACACCCUAGUCUGUGACACUCAGCUAUCCAGUAACACAGACACACACUGCAAUCUGUGACACACAGAGUCUCAAAAACAGAUUGUUUCCAGUUUAUGAGAGAAAGAAUAACUCUAGAUUCAAAUAAAUAUUGCAAGUAUUUGGAAUCAGUAUCAGUGGAGCAAGACACAAGAAAUGAACUGGUUGUGAAAUCUCUAUGGAUCAUACAGUAGCAACAUUAUUGUGAAUGUCUUUGUGCACAGUAUUCACCUGACAUUCAGGAAACCCUCAACAAAGUUGUGUAAAAGGUCUAAUGAUCAGGAACAGUUUAAUCGAUUGAGAUUAAUGUAGAUGUUGAAAGAACACUGUUAUCAAGAUGGUUAAAUGACUAAUCAAGUUGAUAGAGACAGCAUCACAAUCUCCCAUGUGCCAGAACCAAUCCCCCUGCUACAGGGAUGCGCAUGGAUCAAGACUUUUGUUUGUACUCCUACUCCCUCACAAUGGAAAAUUCAGCAAUAGGCAAUAAAUGCUGCUUUGAUAUUGACACCCACAUCCCAUGAAAGAAUGAAAACCAACAGCCAUUUCAAUACUGUGACAGUGAAGAAAUCUCAUCCUGUGGGAAAGACAGGACAAAUUUGGUAGGGAAUUUUAAUGAAUUUUGGACAGACCUGGAAGGUUGAGUAACAAUAUUAGAUCAUCCAUUUAUCUUCUGAAAGGAGUACAGAUUUAGAUUGGAAGACCUCUUUUCAUUUUUAACCCUGUUUAACCAGUCUCAUUCCAAAUGAAUCUGCUUCAGCCACUCCUGGACUCUUACCUCCUUCCUGAUAUCAGUCUCUCCAUUUCUCCAGAGUUUACAAGUUGCCCUGGUGUCUGGUGUCAGAAGCUCACAUCAAUCUACACCACCACCCUCCCUCACUGUUCUUGUUCCGACCCAGGCUCAACCAUUAUUUCUUGUUCUUAUU